AUGGUAUGUGGGGAGCGCGGAGUCUGCGGCUUGCUACACAAAGGCAGGAGGCAGGGAGGGGGACUCUGUAUAUAUCUUACCACUCACCAGUCCAGAACAUCUCCAGUCAUCAUGUACUCCCUGAUAGUACUAGUCGCAAGCUUGGCAGCCCUGGUGAGCUCGAAGCCCCAGUUCGGCCGGCCGUACAACCCAGUGCCAGCACCGGGUCCGGGAGGCCCCAUCAUCCCUAUUAUCAGCCAGACUCAGGAGGGCCCUAACCCAGACGGUUCUUACAAGUGGAGCUUCGAAUCUGGCAAUGGCAUUGCAGCUCAAGAGGAGGGAUUUCAGAAGGCGGCCCCUGAUGGUCCUGGAACUGCCGCGCAAGGAUCUUUCCGCUACACCGCUCCUGACGGUCAGGACAUCUCUUUCACCUACGUCGCUGACGAGAACGGCUUCCAGCCCGUCGGUAAUGCUAUCCCAACACCACCCCCCAUCCCCGCUGCCAUCCUGCGAGCCCUGGAGUACAACGCAGCACAUCCCGAAGAGGACCAAGGAGGCGUAGUACGCCCAGGACCUGCUCCCUUCAGAGGCUGAUGACCCGGAUUCCGGUGCAGCUCGCGCCACCACCUGACUGCGUUGUAUAGCUAGCUUUACCACUCGGAAGCUGUGAUAUAUUUAUAAGAAAGAGUCACAGUAUUGUACAUUUUGUAUUUUUGCAAAAUAAAUGUGUAAAUUUUA